CUGGAGGCGGGGCGAGGAGCGGAAGCACUAUGAUGUCAUGUCCGGGUCUCGCUCGCUGCGUCUUAUCGUUGGGCCCCGCGACAAGAUGGCGGACCUCUCUCUGGACGAGCUCAUACGGAAACGCGGUGUGACGGUGAAAGGGAGGCUUAACACAAGGCCAGUGUUUGGAGGUGUAAGAUCUCGCAUUGGGAUCCAGCAAAAUCUUCUAAAUAGAUCAUCACCAACUGUCAGCUUCCAGCGGACAUUUGAUGCCCGUCAGAAGAUAGGACUCACUGAUGCCCGACACAAACUGGGGGUUAAAGAUGCCCGUGAAAAACUGGUUCAAAAGGAUGCUCGGUUCAAAAUCAAAGGGAAGGUGCAGGAUGCUCGAGAGAUGUUGAAUUCCCGUAAGCAGCAAAGUGUUGCUGCAGAAAAGGUGACCAAAGUGGUGGAUGCCAGAGAGAAGAUCAGCUUAAAAAGGAGCGCUCCAGCUGCUGUUAGCCCAACUAUGGCGACAGUAAAUCCAGCCAUGAAAAUCACCAAAACUAUCCAACAGAAGGCUGCAGUUCCUGGACAGUCUCAUCCAGCAGGAAUGAGGAUCAAUGUCGUGAACAACCAUACACACAAACAGGGUCUGUAUGACAUGGAAGAUGACGAUGAAAGUGUCUCUCCCCUUACUAGCAAACAGAUGAAAAUCACCACCACAAACAGUUUCUUGCACAAUGCGACUGGGCUGAGUGGCAAUAAAUUCUCUCUGUCCAAGACUGUUCCCCUGACUAAAGUGGUCCAGAACGAUACAUACACAGCUCCACCUGCACCUCCCUCUCCUAUGCGGACAAAGGCCUUGACAAACAUGUCCCGGACCUUAGUGACAAAGGAGGAGCCUCCAAAAGAACCGGCACCUGUUGAGCUGGCGUUCAGUCCUUUGGAAGGCACAAAGAUGACCGUAAACAAUCUGCAUCCUCGAGUCACAGAGGAAGACAUUGUUGAGCUAUUCUGUGUGUGUGGUGCUCUGAAGCGAGCCCGGCUGGUGCACCCUGGAGUGGCUGAGGUAGUGUUUGUGAAGAAAGAAGAUGCUAUCACAGCAUAUAAGAAAUACAACAACAGGUGCUUAGAUGGUCAACCAAUGAAAUGCAAUCUUCAUAUGAAUGGGAAUGUCAUCACCUCAGACCAGCCUAUCCUGCUCCGAUUGAGUGACACCCCUUCAGUGAAGAAGGAAGGGGAACCACGCCGGUCAAGUGCAAGCGCUGCCUCAAAUCCCCCAGCUGAAGUGGACCCUGACACUAUCUUGAAGGCACUCUUCAAAUCCUCAGGGGUCUCUGCCUCUGUGCAGCCCACAGAAUUCAAAAUUAAACUCUGAGUAGGGGGAGCAAGCAGUGGACUGGAAAACUCAAAUUUAAGUUGGGGAAUGAGAAAAGUGCAGGAGUGCAGAUGUUAUUUGCAUUUGCCUGCCUUGAAAUUUUUUGUUUUUUAUGAUCGCUACCUUACUGUACAAUAGUGUUUCCUCUUGUGUGUGUACUUUCUGUUUUCAUAGUUGGAGUUUUCUUCCAUGAUUUUUUUCCAAAAGAAUUAACCUCCCCCUUCUGCCACUAAUGUAUUACCAAGCAUAUACCAUGUAACUCCCUCCUUUACUCCAAAGCCCCUAGUGGCCAUUAAAAGUGCACAUAGACUUCAAGGGAAGGAGUGGUGAUCUCCUUCUCUUUUCUUCUGACUGACCUUUAACUAAAAGGUGCAUCCCCUUGAUUAUUAACAGGUGAGAAUACCACAUUGUUUCUGAAAUUGCUCUGCUGGGUACAAACUCAGGCGUGGCUCCAUGCAGGAAGCACCAUCUUGCAUCUUUGACUUGUAUGCAUUUGGUGGCAUACUACUUCACUCUGGCUGUUGGACAUUUUUCUGCUCAGCAGCUGUGACAGAGAAGUGUGAAAAACUGAGCUUCCAGUGUGUAUACCAGCCAAUGGAAGGCAUCACGCAAAAAGGACAUAGGCACAAGUGCACCACCGAUUGUGCUGUGGGAGGGAUGCUUCAACUCUGGUAAUGCAGAGAGGUAGGGGUGGGGGGGAAAGGCUCUGGCACUUGUGCAAUGAAUAUAUUAGCCAUGUAGGGUCAGGCUCAGUUGCUCUCUUCUUUCUGGAUUGAAAAAUAAGAACCAGUCUUGUGCUCAGAGGUAGAGGAAAUCCAAGUGUUUCACUCCCAUCAGACUGUAUUGCAUCCUCCUGCUGAUGCAGGGACGUUAAUUUUUUUCUUACCUUCUAACUUACCCAGUCUAUAAAAAGGAAGGAGCUGGGGCCUUUUUCAGAUACCAAUACCUAGGAAGCAGUCUUCUGUUGUGCCUGAGAACUCACUUCUUUUGAGAGAGGUCAUUUGGGCAAUGUUUGGCUGCUGUGCGGCCAUUCUGCUUGCAUGUGUGGAUUUGGACGAUGAUUGCUGUGCUUUGUGGCUUCAGGGAGAGGUUUUGGAGAGGAGAGUAGUUAGCACUCUCUAAGGAACACAGAGGAGAGGAGUGUUAAGUCCCAUGCAGAGCAGCAAGGAUGUGCCUUGGGCCAGUGAGCAUCUGCGACAAGCCACAAGCCACUAGGUGGCACUUCCAAUACUUCCUAUGUUCGUAAAGCGUUAUUGCCAUGAGUAUUUGAAGUCCCAGUAGCUCCAUUCGUUUGUAUUUGUUCAGAUUGUAUUGUAAGAGAGAAAGCUAAGAGCCACUUCCAGACUCUGGUUGGGGUUUGAACUUGAUCCUUCUAGCUAGGAGACUAACCUAAUCCAUACUGUUCAGCUCUGCUGAACUUUAAUGAACUCUUUAUAACCAUUGUAGGUCCAGAUUCCAUUUCUUGGUCAACCCUGUGUUUCUUUUACUUUCUUGUUCUGUAUUAACUCUUUGCUCUAUCUAGCUCGUGCAGACCAUUCCUCUAUCUCACUGUAUCCUUUUUAGCCAUGAAAAUAACUGAGGACUUGGCAGGACUUGUUUUCUGGAGUACUCUCUUUGGUUUGGAAGCCAACACCACCAUUAUUGGUGGGGUGCUUCAUGUGAACAGCAGAUGUUUGUAGGGGAGGAGACCCAAGACAGCUGUUGUUCUCCUUUUUUUAGAUUGCCCAUCAAACACCUGUGUUUUAUUAAAAAAAAAAAUAUUGGGGGGAGGGGGAGGAAAUAUUAGGGGUUGGAGAAGAUAAUGUAUUAUCUGUUUCUGAAUAAACGUUUGUUAUACAGA